AUGGAUUUACCAAAAUUUCAUGUGAGGUUGUUCAUCUUAGGGGAAGAGCCAUCGGCAAUGAAAAGCAUUGGGCAUCAUACCGAUGACGUGAAGUUGCUUCCUGCUCUAAAGGCUGCUCUUAACGAAGAUGAAUGGGAGCAGCUGAAGAAUUCAAAGCUGGUUCAUUAUAUGUUAUGUUACCAGCUGGAUAUCAAGAAGAAGUAUGAGCUCUGGUGUCUUUUUGGUCCACAGCUGGCGAGGUUUUCCUUGAUUGAGUUCGAACACAUCACUGGUCUAAACUGCGAAUAUAUCAAGAACCUGGAUAAUUCUACUAUAGAGGUGACAGAUGAGUUGGCUCGUUUCUGGGAGUUGAUGGGUUUGGAUAUUGAUGCUGGUCCAAGUAGCUUGCAAAUAAUAGCAACAUGUAAGAAAUUUGGAGAGUGGUCUCAGGAUGACCGCAUUCGCCUGGGCUACCUAGCCAUCUACACAGGAUACAUUGAAGGGAAGAAGAACUCAUCGCCUACACGGGCGAUGCCUGCAAGGCUAGUGAUGAAUUUACAUGAAUUUGAGACGUACCCAUGGGGGAGAUUGGCUUUUAAGUGGUUGAUGGACUCUGUGAAGUGCAAAGAUUUGACAAGCAAUUGUUAUACCAUAGAUGGGUUUGUUCAAGCUCUCCAAGUUUGGAUCUACGUUGCUCUGCUCGACUUUUCUGCAUCAUUUGGGAAGCCCAUACGAAACAGACCGACUCCCCCUUUGCUGGCUUACAAUGGACAAAGAGGAAUAAAAUGUGGCAGAGGGUCUCAACACACAACUCGGGUGUUCAAAUAUGUGGCGAAGGAGAUAGGUGAAAUGUACCCUACAUGGGACAAUGAUGCGGUUGAUGUCUCGGUUAAAAACUUGGUGGAGUUAUGUGUGCUAAACCUGAAUGGAAGUGGACCCAAGAGUGCUGGCCAGCCCAAGCGCCCUGUGAAGGAAGAAAGCAGAGCUCCGAAGAAAGCUCGUACUGAGGCUGGUACAUCAGAGGAUCCUAUAGAGCCUCCGUUAGAGUCUUCUGCUGCCAGGAAUGGGAUUAUGAGAGAAAACAUUGAACUAAUGUUCAAGGAGAUGACGAAAGUUGUGACUGCUGGGAUUGGUCAGUGCGUAAAGGAGAUCAAGUUUCUCAGGGAUAGGAUGGAAGCUAUGAAGAAGAUCGUGGGAAUCAACAAGAAAGACACUCUGGAGAUGAAAAUUGGGACUGCUGGAAUUGGUCAGGGCGUAAAGGAGAUCAAGCUUCUCGGGGAUAGGAUGGAAGCUAUGGAGAAGAUCUUUCAGAGUUAG